GCACCUAAGGGCGGGUGGGGGGAUGCAGCUCGAAAGGGUGGCGGCAUGGAGGAGCCCUCGCUGGAGGCUCUCAUGCAGGCGGGCCUCAUCUUCGUGGUCAGUGUCGCCAUCAUCUUCUCGAAUCUCCUCAUCAUCGCCACCUACCUUAAUUUCCGUGGUCCCUCCGAGGUGAUAAACUACUACUUGCUAUCUCUCGCUUCGGCGGACCUUCUUUGUGGUCUGCUGGUGGUUCCGCUCUCGGUGUAUCCAGCGUUGGUACGACGAUGGGUCUAUGGGGACGUCGUGUGUCGUCUCGUUGGCUAUUUGGAGGUUACUCUCUGGGCGGUAUCUGUUUACACCUUCAUGUGGAUUUCUGUGGAUCGGUAUUUGGCCAUCAGGAAACCAUUGCGAUACGAGACCGUGCAGACGAAAACCCGAUGCCAGUGCUGGAUGGUCUUCACGUGGAUCAGCGUGGCGAUGAUGUGCUGUCCGCCUCUUCUAGGUUUCCAAAAGCCGAUUUUCGACCGGGAGGCGUUCAUCUGUAUGCUCGAUUGGGGCAACAUGGCUGCUUACACCAUCACACUGUCGAUCCUCGUGCUAGGCCCAUCGGUCAUCACCAUCGUCUACACCUAUUGCUACAUCUUCACGAUGAUGAGACGACUAAAAUCCGGCGUACUGAUUCACGACAAGGAGUACGCGACCGCGCUCUCGGAAAACUUGAGCAAUCCGAGUCAUAUCAUGUCCUUUGUCCUGGUGAUGACUUUUUGGGUGUCCUGGGCACCGUAUGCCGGUCUCCGGAUAUACGCUGUCGUUAACGGACCGCCGCAGGUGCCGUUUCUCCAUUUCGCAGUAGUGUGGUUGGGGGUGACGAACAGUUUCUGGAAAGCGGUGGUCCUUGGUACCCUGAGCCCGCAGUUUCGACUAGCGGCUCGUGUGCUCUGUCUGACGUUGUGCUGCCGGCACAGACGACUUCCGCCGGAGCUGCUCGGCCUCGACGACGACGAUUAAAAGCCAAACGCCUACGAGAACAAGAGAGGAAACGCUUUCCUUUUGCGCGCGAGCGUUCUACAACACGCGCCCCAUUCUUAGAGCAUCGCUUUUUAUCUCUCGGUAUUCGAGGUCGUUUCUUGCAUCCGCCACCGUUCUCUCGGAGUCUCCUUCGAAGGCUGAGACUGAGAUUCUUUGUUCCGAAAAGCGCUACCACGACGUCCGACGAGUAAGACGCGCGAUCAAUCUGGUCGCGUCUCAAAAUACGGAAUAAAUUUCAGGGAACUAGUAAAAAAGAAAUGACUUUUCACCAACGAACUUCUUCGAUAAACGCCAAACUUCUCUGCCUCGAAAGAAGAAUACUUCCUUUUCAGUCACUGUUUCCUUGCAAAUGAUCGUUCCUUAGAGUCUCUGGAUAUUUAUCCGAUCCAUUUAUUUUCCGUUUCGCGUGGACGCGAUUCGAUUAAGACUAUUGCUUUCUGUUUCUCUUUCCACGCCACAGGAAACGAAUUAUUCCUAGCCGAACACGAUUGAUCGGCCAAGUACAAUAACGUAAAUCUCUCCGUAAGAUCAACGAGCAAUCAAGCGCCACGAUAAUAAACCGAAACUUCGAAGACUAAGAUUUUUGCUAACUGAAUUACCAUUUGCCGUUAGAUCAGUUCGUCUCGACUCAAACUGUCAAACCGCGUGUAAUUAAGAACCUAACGAACCGUUAAGACGAUUAGAGAAAAAGAUGUUAAGAAAAUUAAGACGUCGAAAAAACGAGAAACGUGUCUGACAAAGACACGUGGUCGCUUCUUCGUCAAAACACUUCUUAUUCGAGUUAUUUAAAGAAAUCGCGUAAACUAUUAGGGUAUUGCUUUUUCUAUACGAUUUCGAUUGAAAUAUAAUCGAUUAUACGUAUAUACACAUAUAUAAAUAUACAGAUGUGUACAUGUCUGUUAUUAAAAGAAUCCACGUUAUCGACAAAACGUGGGAACGAGCGUGGUGUAAGGCCGAAAGAAAGAAUCGAAGCUCAGUCUGGGGCGCGUUUGUCGCGCGAUCAAGAUUCUCGAAAGGGACGCGAUCCUCGUGGACGAAUCGUCGAUCGAACAUUCACAACGGAGGACAUCCUGUUCGUUUUGGCGACGGUUCGCUCGACGCUGAUCGUUACAGUCCGGAUUAAUUAAAUCGGAGACGCCCUGUUUAUCUACUUUUUGCUUUUUUCCUUCUCGAAGAACGCUCUCGAAAGUCGACGAAACGCGGAGAGCUUUCUCGCGCGUUCCUCUCCUCUCGGUGGUUUCAGGAGAGCGUUCUCGGAAAACUAAUCGUUGCCUAUAUCUACGUGGUAAGAUCACGCUCAAACACAAUUAUCUUAGCGAGUCGCGAUAAAUUAACGUGUAAAAGUAUAACACGAGGACGAGCGAAGAGUCGCUUGCGAUCGCGUAGCAUCCUGCGCGAUUACGAAACUAAAAUCGAUCGAAGGGGGAUGCGAAGGGAAGAUGAUUAAGCAGGCGAACACAAAAUACAAGAGAACACUAGGUCAAUUAACGGAGAUGCCUCUACGAAUGCGACGCCGCGUCAAUCUGCGCGCCCGUAGAACGCCCAUGUGAAACAAAAACUCGCGGACGGGAUUUCGAUCGCGACGGUUAUACGCUUUUUUUAACGCGCUUCCUCCUCUACUCGGCCUCGCGAUCGGGCUCCCUUCCACUCUCUCUUUCUCGUUUUUAAUCAAACUUGGGCUGACACGUUUUACUUUUUCUUCUCCUUCGAAUUUCUUCUCUUGCUUCUAGUUAUUAAAUCCUCUUGCAAGUUUCUGUGGUUUUCAUUUUGUACGAACAUAAUUCUAUCGAAAUCGAACGUUUUUAUUUAAAGUGAUUUUCAUAAUUAUUACCGAAUUGUCGCAGAAAAUAUUUCUAAGUACCUCCUUUUCAUUCUAUUAUUUCCUUCGGUUUGAACAAACUGGAAGCUUCUAUUUGCUCACUUUUCACAGGUACAUUACACGAUACAACUGAUAUCUCUUAAACGAUCGAAUCGUGUCGUUGGUAUCUGAUUUUUAGCAGUUCUUGCUUUAACGGAAGGCAAACCUCCUUGUUGGAGAAGAAAAAGAAUGGGAAGAUACGAUUCGCCGGAUUGUGACUCGUUUCACAGCGCGAUUCUAGAUCUGCUUCUGAAAGUGAAGGACUUGCGGAGUUGGAAACUCGAUUAUCGAGCGUGAAACUCAAGCAGGCACGUGUUUCCAUCAUACGGGAUCGAAUUUCAAUUAAAAUGGUAAUCAAACUUUCACCAACGGCGCGUUACGAAAUUCUGGCCGCCGACGGAAGCAAUAAAUGCGCGAGAUUAAUUGAAUGGAAGUACAAGAAACUGCGAGAGAGCCGUGAACACGGGUCGAAGGAAGCAACGUCGUUAUAUAGUUGUCGAAUCGUGGAUCGUGUUAAAGUUAAAUCGCCAUUAUUCCAUUUUCCGGUCAAACCGUCGCGUCAUGGGCCGUCCGCUGCGAAAAUCUAAUUUAAAACUCGCCCCCGUUUCUUACUCAAAGGGAAAUCGACCGACAUGAAACGCAACGCAAAAACUUAGCGAAAACCGUUUCCCGUGGGUGGAGAGAAAGCAACGGCUAUUAAUAAAACGCGAGAUUCAUUUAUAAACCUGGCCAUUUCUAUAGCGAAUAAAGUCCACUGUUUGAGUACCGCGGUUACGAAUGUUUCACGGCUACGCGGCUUUUAUAUAACGGAACUUUCCGCGACGUUUCCGUCAUGGCGAUAUUUAUGCCUCAACAGUGUGCGUGUUAUACGUAAUUGGCGAUGAAAAGCUGCGUGUAAUUAACCGUUUCGUUAAGCAGAAUAUCGCGGAUAUCUUACGACGGUUUAAAUUCAAUUCAGAAAUGAAUUGUAUAUCGGAGAGAGUAAUUUGACGCAGGUGGAAGUUCCGCGUUUUUACUUUCGUAUCUUAUUUCGUUAUUGCAUAUUCUUUAACUGGUCUACAGUGGGGAUAUUUAAUCGUUGAAAAAGAUGAAUAUAUGAAAAAAGAGGGAAUACAAUUCGAAACACUUGGAUCGAAGAACGACGUGUCGCUCGAAAGUUAAUUAGCGUCGCUUCAAAGUUACAGGCUAUUCAUCGAUUUCUGUGUAUGUAUGUUCUCAAGGUUUAGAAUGGUCUCAGAAGCAGAUAUAGCAUCGGUUACUAUUCAGUAAGUUUUUAUUACUCGUCUGAUCGUACAGCGAAGGAAGAAGGAUUAUGCGUUGAAUUACACGCUUCGUACCUACUUCGUACAAAUUAUCUGAAUUAUAACAAGUACGAGAAAAGAAACUAAAGAAAAAAGAGAAAGAGAGAGAGAGAGAUAGAGAGAGAAAAAAAAAGCACAGCAAAAUAUUGUUCCCGCUACGCUCCAAAAAGCGAUGCUCACGCGCAAGCAAGUGGGCAAGAUCCUGAGAUUUCUUGAAUGGUGAACGUUAACCCUUUAAAGAAGAAAUCCAAUACGCAAAUCGGUGUCUAGAAAGUCUCAGCUUCUACUCUAUUUUUUACUCUAGACUUCGUGUUUUAUUAAACUAUAAGGCUCUUCUAAUAAAUAAAUCGUAAGCGGACGCCCCGGUCGGGGCUACGAAUACCAUUAGAUGCGCGACGGUAAUUUAUCGUGCCAUUUUGAUAUACCAAGCUAUAAGUUAAAGGGUUAAGGUGCCCGGAAGUGCUCUGAAAACGCAGAUGUUAAGGUGCGGAGCGUCGAAACGUUCUUUCGAUAAUUUACCAUCGCUAAUGCGUCACAUUGAUCGAAUUAUUAAACGGAAUUAUGACGAUUAUUCGAUGGAAUGAGAAAUUUAUCGUUGAAACGAAUUGAAAAUAACGAGAGUACGGUUCUCUGAUGUUCUCUGAUGUUAAGAUGUCUUAACUGUAGAACCGAAUCGAAGAAAAUUUUCGGCUACGUUAUAGUUGAAACUUUAGCUAUGUAAAACAGCACCCCGGCUAAAAUGCAACAAGAUAAAAAGCGACGCGACGCCAAUCUCUUUGUUAAUUGCCGGCUCGUUGAUCGUUCGACGAAUUGUUCGACAAAUUUUAACGAUUGUUAUGCGACGUGUAUCGUCGUUAAUUGUUUACCACGAACGAGCAACGUGUCAUGCGAGUUAUUUACCAGUGCGAUGAGUCACGGUAUCGAUAUUCACCGUUCUUCCAAGUAUAUCUGUUGCGAAGAACAUCGAUGAAUCCUAAUUAAGAUUUAUCCUAAGAUACACACGUCCAUCCCUGUUUGAAGAUCAAAAGCACUUGCGAAUUUUUACCUGUUCACGACAACGAAGUAUUUUUCGAACGAACUCGCUUCGUUCGCACUUCAUUCGAAUGCUUUGUAUAACUCGCGAAGUCAAAGCAAUAAUAAGCGGUACGAUAUAGUGUUGAUUUAACGCAGUUAAAUGAUUAAUUCCUUUCUAACGAUGAUUCGUAAAUGAGUUGAGGAGGUAAUCGUGAAGGAGGGUACCGUCACCCGUCGUAUUGUUAAUAAUUCCAAUAAAAUUGAUUGAACAAAAACGCAACAGUUUUGUCUAUGUUUCGUUUCUUUUUCGUUUCGCGAGAUAUUUUUAUUUCUGUAUAAUGUUUCCGCAACUUCUUUAGCCGGGGUUGAUCGUGGCGCAUAAAUGAAAGAAAAAAAGAAAAAAAGAACGAAGAAAAUGUUAUGAUUUUGCUGCGAAUGUCUCUUCGUGUAUGUAUGUACAUAUUAGAUCGCGCAUGCCACGAUUCUUUCGUCCAGAUCCAUCGUUACGCGCUUUAAACUUUUACGAUGCAACGUCCCGGGUGCACGCCGACACAGGGAUAAGCGCCCACCUGGCCCGGAUGAAUGUUCCUUCCGCGAUCAGGCGAUUCCAUCGAGUGUCCGCCGUAUUCAUCUUCAUAGUGUCGACAGAGAUUCAUUUGGUAAAAAGAAUUUUGUAAAUUCUAAACUGCUUUCAAACGGGUUUUGUGACGAUGAAGUUCUUUUGCUUUUUGCAAGAACGUUCGAUGUAAUUGUUUAAGCGUUAUUUAAACGUGAAAUGAUUACUUGAGCUGAGAUAAUGUUUAUAAUAUUUAUUUGAACGUAUCAUUAUGUUAAGCGUGUCUGUUAUUUCAUUUACGAAAUGCUUAUGAAUCUUGAUACACUUAAAAUUCUAUUACACUUCUAUUGAUGCUGAUGAAGUUAAGCGUAGAAGGUUUCCCAAAUCUCUUACUCAGCUCAACAAUAUCUUUUUUUCAUAUCAAAUUUGCUAGAUUUAUUUAAACAUGCUGUUCCUAAUAUUCUCUUUCUUAUUAAAAAAAAAAGGAGAAUAAUACGCGAACUUCUAAAUCAAAGCUAUCUUAAUAACGAAUGAAAUAAUCCGUUUCAUUAAAAUAUAUUCUUCAUUGAAAUAAUUAUUUCAACAUAGUAUAGACUGUAUUGAACAUUUGUAUGCGAUGUCUAUCAAAUGUUCUUCUUAACAAUUAUUUUGAAUAGCAACCAGCCCUCUAAAACGUAAGAUUUCAACAGCAGGACGCGCCCUCCCUAAAGCAGAAUUUGAUUACUUCGUAAUGCCACACAAGAGGAGAAGCAAGCAAAGCGAUGGUCGCUUGAAACAUUUAUCAAACGGGAACACCAGUCGAAAUACCAGCUUCCGGGCGUGUUCCAUCAAAGCCGGUGUGCCACCCACGUUAGCGUGCAUCCGCGAAACCGCCAAACCGAGCAGUAUUAAAUUCCUCAGCGAUAACGAGAUUCUAAAUACUUUAAAGUCGCUCAAAGAGAAGGAAGGAACGAGAACGAAGCGAAGGAAGGGAAUAAAUCAAGCAUACAGAACUGGAUAAAACAAAA